AUUCCCCAGUUCGUAAACCAUGGCGUCUUGUAGACGAGCACAAUCUGCCUACCUUAAUUUACCAUAUGCAUUGUCCUUGUCGAAUGCAUCCGUUGCAUUGGCUGCCUUCAAGCCGCCGCCGUGUGGCGCUCAAUGGGGCACAUUCUGUGCGGCAUCGGCAGCGCACAAAAGGCGCAUGGGCCACUUAAAGCCGCCCCGCCAACUGCAAACCACAAGCCACAAACCGCCCACGCGCUCGCUUCGAGUGGCUUUAAUUGUGAAUUAAGACGGUAUUGUGGCCCCCACGUGUAGACAGAGCGAGACAGAGUGGCAGAGAGAGAGAGGGGGAGAGAGAGAGACAGGUAGCAGGGCUGACAGGGUUGGCAAUGCCGAGGCUAUUGUGCAGGAAGUGCACUAACUGUCCCCGCCAUUGUCCUUUAGUUCACAUUUUAUUUACACCGUUAAGCAGCAUAAUUGUCGCUAUUUUCGUGCGCCAGCUAAGAAGAAACCCUCUCGAUGCAUUUUCAAUGCCAGAGACACAGUUCGAGAGCUUUGCUUUGAUCCGCCGCAAAGGUUAUGUCAGGGCCAUCAAUCAACCCAACCCAUUGAAACUAUUUAAAUACUCACGAUAUCCUUUGUCACCUGCUGUACUCGUUGCAGAGACCGAUACAAUUUACAGCCAUGGUCGCGCAAGUAAUUCUGCUCGUCAUUUGCUGCAUUUGCCUGAAACACUUUGCCAAGGGUGAAUUUCAACAAAGUCUGGCUAUAACCGAUAUUUUACCUGAGGACAUCAAACGCUAUGACAAAAUGCGUCCACCCAAGAAGGAGGGUCAGCCUACGAUUGUUUAUUUUCAUGUCACAGUGAUGGGUCUCGAUUCCAUCGAUGAGAACUCCAUGACCUAUGUGGCGGAUGUGUUCUUUGCACAGACCUGGAAGGAUCAUCGUCUGCGCUUGCCCGAGAACAUGACGCAGGAGUAUCGAUUGCUCGAGGUGGAUUGGCUCAAAAAUAUGUGGCGACCGGAUUCCUUCUUUAAGAACGCCAAAUCGGUUACAUUUCAAACAAUGACAAUACCCAAUCACUAUAUGUGGCUCUACAAAGACAAGACCAUACUCUAUAUGGUGAAAUUAACCCUUAAGCUUUCCUGCAUCAUGAACUUUGCCAUCUAUCCACAUGAUACACAGGAGUGCAAGCUGCAAAUGGAGAGCUUAUCGCAUACCACAGAUGAUUUAAUCUUUCAAUGGGAUCCCACAACGCCGCUGGUGGUAGACGAGAACAUUGAAUUGCCGCAGGUGGCGCUGAUACGUAAUGAGACCGCGGACUGUACACAGGUCUAUUCGACUGGGAAUUUCACCUGUUUGGAGGUGGUUUUUACGCUAAAACGUCGCCUGGUCUAUUAUGUAUUCAAUACCUAUAUACCUACCUGCAUGAUUGUGAUUAUGUCGUGGGUCUCCUUCUGGAUCAAACCGGAGGCGGCGCCGGCCCGUGUCACACUAGGCGUCACAUCGUUGCUCACGCUCUCCACGCAGCACGCAAAGUCGCAGUCAUCCUUGCCGCCCGUCUCCUAUUUGAAAGCUGUGGAUGCAUUCAUGUCCGUCUGCACGGUGUUUGUGUUUAUGGCUCUUAUGGAGUAUUGCCUGAUAAAUAUUGUGCUCAGCGACACGCCCAUACCCAAACCUAUGGCAUAUCCACCCAAGCCUGUGGCGGGCGAGGGGGGCAAAAAGGAUGGGGAGGCGGCACCAGCCGGUGGCAGUAAUGCUGCAAACAAUAAACAGCCCACGAUGUUGCCCCUGGCGGAUGAGAAAAUUGAAAAAAUUGAAAAGAUUUUCGAUGAGAUGACCAAAAAUAAGCGCAUUGUGACCACCACACGCCGUGUGGUGCGGCCUCCGCUAGACGCCGACGGUCCCUGGAUACCGCGUCAGGAGUCGCAUAUUAUACUGACCCCAACCAUACGGCCACCGCCACCGCCGCCGCCGGCACCGGAACCGGAAAUGCCCAAGCCGAAGCUAACGCCCGCCCAGGAGCGUCUCAAGCGCGCCAUCUAUAUCGAUCGCUCAUCGCGUGUGCUCUUCCCCGCGCUCUUUGCCAGCCUCAAUUGCAUCUAUUGGAUUGUGUUUUACGAGUAUCUGUAAGAUAUGCGCUGGCUCUGUUGUAAAUAUGGUACGUUCCCGAUUGCCCUCACACAAUCUAUCUGCCUCUUUCUCCCUCUCUCUAUCUGUAUUUAAUGUUAAUUGUUCACAAGGUAUAAAUAUAUAAAAAUGUAAUCUUAAGCAUAAUCUUUGAGUCAUCGAAUUUUAAACUGAAAGAGCAAAACAUAAAUUGUAGCAAGCUGUUGCUUAUACUCUCUAUCUAUAUAUAUAUAU